AUGAGGAGUCUGAGCCAUUGUUAUUCCUUUUCUGGCAUUAUUACCAUCUUUUUCUGCCUCCUAAUCCAUUCUCUUGCUUCUCCUAGGCUCCACUUUUGCCCGCACGACCAGAGGGAUGCUCUUUUGGAAUUCAAAGACGAGUUUCCGACAGAUGAGUCUUAUCCAAGUUCGUGGAACAAGAGCAGUGAUUGCUGUUUUUGGGAAGGUGUCACGUGCGAUGAUAAAUCUGGCCAGGUGAUAUCACUCAACCUUCAUAACACCUUACUAAACAGCUCUUUGAUAAGUAACAGUAGCCUUUUUAGACUCCAAUAUCUUCGUUACUUAAGCCUUAGGAAUUCCAAUCUCCAAGGAGAGAUUCCUUCUUCACUAGGAAACUUUUCUCGUCUCACAUUUCUUGACCUUUCUUUUAAUAGUUUGGUAGGUGAGAUUCCGGCUUCAAUAGGCAAUCUAAACCAGCUCAGAAACCUUAGCUUUUGGGUUAACAAUCUCACAGGAGAAAUUCCUUCAUCAUUAGGAAACCUUUCUCAUCUCUUAGAACUUAAACUUGGGUAUAAUCAGUUGGAAGGAGAAGUUCCACUUUCCAUCGGAAACCUAAAAGACCUAAGAACCAUGAUAUUUGGCUAUAAUAACAACCUAAGUGGCAACAUUCCUCUUUUAUUUGCCAAUUUAACAAAGCUUUCCGUUGUUAGCCUCCGCUCUAAUAACUUCACUUCCACGCUUCCAUCUGACAUGAGUGGAUUCCACAACUUGGAGUAUUUUGAGAUUAUUGACAACUCAUUUCUUGGACCUUUCCCUAAAUCCUUGUUCUCAAAUCCUUCGUUACGAGGGGUUUUUUUGGAAGGAAACCAUUUCUCGGGACCUAUAGAGUUUGCAAAUACAUCGUCUUCAUCACCAUCUAAGCUUCAACUUCUAUACCUUGGUCGUAACAGAUUCAAUGGCCCAAUCCCGGAAUCCAUUUCUGAAUUUCUCAACCUUGAACAAUUACAUCUUGAGAACAACAAUUUCAGCGGGCCAAUCCCUAGAUCUAUAUCAAAGCUAGCCAACCUCAGAGAGUUACAUCUUAGCAACAACAAUUUAACUGGGCCAAUCCUUAGCUCUAUAUCAAAGUUAGUCAUCCUCAAAGAGUUACAUCUUAACGACAACCAUUUCGCUGGCCCAAUCCCUAGAGAUAUAUCACAGUUAGCCAAACUCGAUUUUCUUGAUGUUUCCAACAACAUGUUGGAAGGCGAAGUACCAAGUUGCUUAUGGAAAUUGGUGACGGUGUGGCUUUCUCAGAAUUCUUUCAGCAGUUUUGAAAAAUCUUCAAACGAAACACUGAUCCAACAGUUGGAUCUGAAAACGAAUUCAUUUCGGGGACCAUUUCCUCGUUGGAUAUGCAAGCUUAAAGGGUUACACUUGUUAGAUUUGUCCAACAAUCUAUUCAACGGCUCGGUUCCUCCAUGUUUGAUGACUUCUUAUUUGAGAGUGCUAAGUUUGCGGAACAACAGCUUAAGUGGAACUCUUCCAGAUAUGUUCGCCAAUGCUACCGAGUUACGAUCAUUCGACGUUAGCCUCAACCAGCUGGAGGGGAAUCUUCCAGAGUCAUUGAUCAACUGCAAAGCGCUGCAACUUGUGAAUGUGGAAAGCAACAAAUUCAGAGACGAGUUUCCAUCAUGGUUAGGAUCUCUUCCAUCAUUACAUGUUCUCAGCCUUCGAUCGAACGAGUUCUACGGACCGUUGUAUCAUCGCCACAUGUCCAUUGGGUUUGAGAGUUUAAGAGUCAUCGACAUUUCACACAAUGACUUCACUGGAACUCUACCAUCUUACUAUUUUUCCAACUGGCGUGAAAUGACGACCACAUUAACCGAAGAAAAUGACCAGUACAUGAAAGAUGUCCUGAGUAAUUUUACUUUCCGUUAUCAGUCGAUGGAAAUUGUGAAUAAAGGAGUAGAGAUGAGCUUCGACCAGAUCCGACAAGACUUCAGAGCUAUUGAUUUUUCUGGAAACAGAAUUUACGGCAAAAUCCCUGAAUCCGUUGGCUUUUUGAAGGAAUUGCAUCUUCUCAACUUGUCCGGUAAUGCAUUCACAAGCGAUAUCCCACGAAUCUUGGCAAAUUUGUCAAAUCUCGAGACAUUAGACCUCUCCCGUAAUAAGCUGUCUGGUCGAAUCCCACAAGAUCUUGGGAAACUAUCCUUUCUGUCUUACAUGAACUUCUCCCAUAACCUGCUCCAAGGUCCAGUGCCACGAUCCACACAAUUUCAAAGGCAGAAAUGUUCUUCAUUCUUGGAUAACCCUAGACUCUCCGGUCUCGAAGAUAUCUGUGAAGAAACCCAUGCUCUGAAUCCUACAACAUCACAACAACAUGAGGAAAUGUCAGAGUCGGAGGAACAAAUGUUCAACUGGGUUGCUGCUGCAAUAGCCUAUGGACCCGGUGUUUUCUGCGGAUUGGUGAUCGGACAUAUCUCCACUUCACACUAUCAGGAGUGGUUUACAGAAAAGUUUGGUCGGAAAAAAAACAGAGUCACCACAAGAGCUCGGUAA